CGCGGUUUUGCGUUCAGUUUUAUGCUAAGCUCGCCAACCAGCGUGCCAGCGCAAGCGGAUUGCUUCUUCGCCCGUUUCAACGCAUUCUAAACACCGUGUUGUGUUUGUGUGUAUACCUCGGUAGUGUGUGCUCAAAGUGCCAAACCAGAGUCUAACAACACCAGCAUUCACCAUCAUCAUGUCUGUCUUGCGGACAUUGGCACUGUUGGCCAUUGGAGCCACGGUCGUGCUGGCUCAGCGUCGUCUAGCCCUACCAGAUCCCCGAAGCUGCGCCAACCGUGUGCGACAUGCGACGUAUCGUGACGCCCGUGGUGUAGCGCAUUCGUACUUCUUCAGCUGGGAGCAUGCGCCGACGCGCAGCUUGGAGGUUGACUGGCUGGACGCUCGUAACAUCUGCCGGCGACACUGCAUGGAUGCCGUCUCGAUGGAAACGCCGCAGGAGAACGAAUUCAUCAAGCAGCGCAUCGCCCGCGGCAACGUGCGGUACAUCUGGACGUCCGGGCGCAAGUGUAACUUUGCCGGAUGCGAUCGCCCGGAUCUGCAGCCACCGAACGAGAACGGCUGGUUCUGGUCCGGAUCGGGUGUCAAGAUUGGACCGACCACGCAGCGCAACACCGGCGACUGGAGCUACACCGGAGGAUACGGCCAGCAGCAACCGGACAACCGUGAAGCAGCACAGGGUAACGACGAAUCUUGCCUUUCGAUCCUGAACAACUUCUACAACGAUGGACUCAAAUGGCACGACGUUGCCUGCCACCAUCUGAAGCCCUUCGUGUGCGAAGACUCGGACGAGCUGCUGAACUUUGUUCGCUCCCGCAACCCGGGCAUCCGUCUGUAAGCUGCAGAUCUCACCAAUCUCAGCGACAGGUGUCUGUCAGUGUCUGCAGCUCCAACACACACACAAACACGCGCGCGUAAUACACGAUUCACGGUUUAAAAACACCCAGUGACCGCCCGAACAGACAUCAACUCACUAGUGCAGUAGUGGAGGAGGAAUGUUUCUGCAUUUUUGUUUUGUAUACGCCGCUCAAUGUACGAGUGUGCCACCAUUACUACUAUUCCAAUCGACCAACGGAAAUCAGUUGGCUGGGUUCGUUUCGAUCAAGGGACCGCCAGUAAACGCAAUGUACCAGCAACCGAGUAAUGAGCAACCCUUCCGGGGCGGACAGCAGGGCCGUCGAAGGCAGCAGCUGUCGGGACAGAAACGAUCGAGAGAUGGGUUUUAACCUCUUUUUUUGUAAUGUAGAUCUGUUUAACUCUGUUUACUUUCUAUUUAUUGUACUGUAAGAAAAUCGUCAACCAAUUUUUAAAGAGACUAUCGUUCACAUCGCCAGCCGUUGGCAUGGUGAUAAGAGAAACGGGAGAAACAAAACGAAAGAUCAAAAGGUUUCGAUCAGCACCAUCAGAAUAUUCGAACUCGAAGGAUUGGAAAUGUCAAACAACAACACAAAAAAAUUGGAUGAAACGUUGUUUUUAAAUUUGUAGGUUUUUGUUUUCAUUUGAACGAGAAUAAAAAGUACGGAAAUACUGUUGUAA